AUGUUUAGAUGUGCCUGGGCCUGCCGAAAUAUUUCCUGGGCCUUGUCUGCCUGCCUGUCAUUGCCCUCGGCCUACCCUGGCCUGGUCUGUAGAUGCCUGGUAAUUUUUUUUGAUAUAUAAUAUGUACAAAUAAUAGUAACAUAAGAUGCAAAGAAAAGUGACAGAUAACUAAACAAUAUAUCUAACGAGGGAACCGCCCCAGGUGUCCGGCUCCGAUUUCGUUCGUUCAUACAUCAUUCGAUAGAGGACCUCGAGUAGGCAAAAAGGCUAAAAGGAUUUGGGC